AAUCUGGAUGUGCUUUCUCUCGUGCGGUCACGCUCGCUCUUCCCGCAUCACGUUCAGGAGUUCGCGCCAAUGAUGUGAUAUGUGCGAAUGCCUCUCAUUCUUGAGAUGUCAACCGGAAGCGUGAAAACCGUUUCUCGAGAAGCGUAGAAAAAACUUCGAUUCGCCGCUUUUCACUUACCGGAGUCGAGCUCGCUCACUUCCUGUGCUCCGUGUGUGUAGCGUGCGUGCCGCGUGCUUGCGGAUCGACUUUGAGUGCGCGUAGAAGCGGACUUCGCAUCCCGAACGACAGACUUUCGGAACGAGCUGCAGCAAGUGACGAUGAGAGCGCUUCUUAUAGUAUCGGUGGUCGUCGCUUCGGCGACCUCAAGAACGUUCCAUCGCAAGCACCAACCUUUGGAAUCUGAAGAGGACGAGUCGAGCUUCUUGUCGAUGUUCCAAGCGGAGCAAGCUCCGAUCGAUCCGUGCUACGAUGAUCGCGGCACCCCGAAACGCUGCAUACCGGAUUUCGUGAACGCGGCCUUCAGCCGACCCGUGGUGUCCACCUCCACCUGUGGCAGCCCCCCCACACGACACUGCUCCACGAACGCGGAUAAGCGUGGCGAGCUGGUGAGGACCUGCGACAUAUGUGAUGAGAGCAACGCGAAGUUCCGUCAUCCGGCCUCGUUCCUCACCGAUCUCAAUAAUCCCAGCAAUCUGACUUGCUGGAUGUCGGAGCCCGUCAACAGCCCGUCGCAGAACGUCUCUCUCACGCUUUCCCUCGACAAAAAGUAUGAACUCACCUACGUGUCGCUGAGCUUCUGCGGACCGAAACCCGACUCGAUGGCUUUAUUCAAGAGCUCCGAUUUCGGAAAAACCUGGCAACCGUUUCAAUACUACUCGUCAUCGUGCAGAAAAACCUACGGCCGUCCGACCAAAGCCGAAAUCACGAACGACAACGAACACGAAGCGUUGUGCACCGACACGGGGAGCAUACCCACUGAGAACAGGAUUGCGUUCAGCACCCUCGAAGGUCGGCCGUCCGCUUAUGAAUUCGAUACGAGUCCCGUCCUCCAAGAUUGGGUCACCGCGACGGAUAUCAGAGUGGUUUUCAAUAAACUCGUCAAUUGGAAUCAGGAGAACUCCGUCGAAGACGAGGACGAGUUCGAUUCCGAAAACGAAACGGUGGCGAAUGUGCCUCUCACUCAGAACCCCGACGACGGACAGUAUUUUUACGCAGUAUCGGAUCUGGCUGUCGGAGGUCGUUGCAAGUGUAACGGUCACGCUUCGAAAUGUGUCCACGAUGAAGACGGACAGGCAGUUUGCGAAUGCCGCCACAACACCGCCGGAAGGGACUGCGAAAAAUGCAAACCCUUCCACUUCGAUCGGCCCUGGGCGCGUGCCACAGCAUCGGAUGCGAACCCAUGUGUCGAGUGCAAAUGCAACGGCCAUGCAAGGGGUUGCCGUUUCAACAUGGAACUCUACAAAUUGUCCGGAUACAGAAGUGGCGGAGUUUGCCUCAAAUGCCGCCACAACACUGCCGGACGCUAUUGCCAUCAUUGCAAAGAAGGCUUCUACAGAGACCAUACCAAACCUCUAAAUCAUAAGAGAGUCUGCAAACCUUGCGAAUGCCAUCCAGUUGGAGCCUUGGGCAGGACAUGCAACAUGACCACGGGACAAUGCCCCUGUAAGGACGGCGUGACGGGACUGACCUGCAACCGUUGCGCUAAAGGAUAUCAACAGAGUAGAUCUCCGAUCGCUCCCUGCGUCAAGAUACCUCAACUGAUUGAAGCGCCAUUGAUGACCGCGGACAGUCCGGCGAACACGGACACCGAUGUGGAAUACGAAGACGAUGAAGAGGCGAGCGAAGAGGAGGGCGACGAGUGCAUGGAUUGCCAAAGGGAGAGCGCUCACCUCACUUUCCGCAAAUUUUGCAAGAGGGAUUUUGCCACCCAAGUCACGGUCCAAUCCAAGGAGGCCUUCGGAGAUUGGAUUCGUUUCACGGUUCUCGUACAGGAUGUUUUCAAGUGGGGUGCGUCUAAGGUCCGGAAAGGCUCUACGGAUUUCAUCUGGGUGCCGCAAGCGGAUCUUAGAUGCAAAUGUCCCUUGAUACGCAUGAAAGGAUCGUAUGUUGUUGUUGGCUCGAAUCAAAUGCACGGAGGUCAAAUGAGCAUGACGGCGGACAGAAACAGUGUGGUCGUCGAUCACAAGGAGAGCAUUCUCCGAAGACUGAAAAAGUUCGCCUCACGCCACAGGCGAUGCAAGAACUGA